AGAAGUUUAUGGUCAGACUGAACAAGAAUGGAGGUCCCAAAAAUCCAGAAAAGGUUGACCGACUGUGUGCUCUCUUCACGGAUCUAAGCAAUAAGGACAUGAAGCGGGACCUGUAUAUUGUUUCCCAAGUCAUCAGAACUGGUCGGAUGCUGCUGAAUGACACUAAGAAGGGUCCUCCUCACGUCCAGUACAGAAGGCCGUACGGCUGUGCGGUUCUGGCCAUGAGUGAUGUCCUACAGACCAUCUCAGAACUAAAGGAGGAGAAGGACUUUGUUCUCAAAGUCUACACAUGUAACAAUGAGAACGAGUGGUACCAGAUCCAUGAAAACAUCAUAAGAAAAUCCAGCACCAAGUACACAGCUCCCAGCACCAACUAUGGUCUGAUCAUCUCUCUCCAGCUACUACGAGGAGAAAUGGAACAGAUCAGGAGAGAGAACCCAAUGAUCUUCAAUAGAGGCGUGGCCUUGACACGCAAGCUGGGAUUCCCCGAUGUCAUCAUGCCAGGUGAGGGCUGGGCUGCUGGAGUUUAAUUCAAUUCAAAUCGAAUACAACUUUAUUAGGACAAUCUUAAGGACGGUGCUUCAAACAUCUACAACACACGAGCGUAGAAUCAGUAUUUCUGUGGACGUCAGGGCUGAGGAGUGUGUAUGAGACAGGUGUAAUGUACAGGGUGGUACACCUGUCUCUGCUCUCUCUAGGUAAAUAGGACCCAGGAAGUUUUAUUCUGACCAUGUGACCUGACCAGUACGAACUCUGAACCCUGCUCUGGGCCUAUCUAUCUGUUUGUCCAUCCUUUUGUCGGUCAGUCAGUCACGUGCACUGUUGUGGUCCACAUUCCUCUCAUGAUUGAUGUUGUCUGCACUUUACUCCCCCCCCCAAAGAAAAUCUAUAUUCCACUCAGCUUCUAAAUCCUCAUUCCAUUAUCGCAUCUCAUUAUUGGUUAGUUUUAGUGUGAAUAGUUCAGCUCCAGUCUAUCUUUAUAAUUUAAACUCAGGAUCUGCUUCCCAGCUAAUCCUCAUUGGCUUAAACUCGGGAUCUGCUUUCCAGCUAAUCCUCAUUGGCUUAAACUCAGGAUCUGCUUCCCAGCUGUCCUCAUUGGCUUAAACUCAGGAUCUGCUUCAAAGCUAAUCCUCAUUGUGUUAAACUCAGGAUCUGCUUCCCAGCUGUCCUCAUUGGCUUAAACUCAGGAUCUGCUUCCCAGCUAAUCCUCAUUGGCUUAAACUCAGGAUCUGCUUCCCAGCUGUCCUCAUUGUGUUAAACUCAGGCCCUACUGCAUUCAUUCACAUACAAAGCUCAUCAGUUCAAAUCCCCCCCCCCAUGUUGAAGUGAAACGCCAAUACAUCAGUAGGUCUGAGUAACUGAUUGGUCAGUGAGUACGGUUCAGUAUUCAUAGAUUUAUAAAUGUUUAUUUCUCCAUGGGAUUGAUGGUGAGUAUUAGCAGACGUGGGUUCAAAUGGUAUUUUACAUCAUUUCACUUCAUCUGUGAUUGAUAAAGCUUGCCUGACUUAAUAGAUCAAUAGGUAAUAAAUAGGAACCCUGUCAAUCUGGCACUCCAGGCAGGCUAAAGAAAACCCUUCAAACCCUUCCAAAUUCUUUAAAGUAUAGUAUUUGGACCCCGGUCUGAGAAGCAGUAGGGUUCAGCUGACUCAAUCCGAUCUGGGGAUGAAAUAAUGUCUCGCCCUCUGAUUACAUGGAAGGGAAACAAAAUAGAGGCGUUCUUUUUUUGUAGAUGGCCGGCCUGGUCGUCAUGGAGACAAGUUAAUGAGAGCACUUUGUCAGGCUGCAUGCUACAAGCUAGCUAUAGUUACACUUAGCAUGGCCCAAUUGAAGUGGUAAGAGUAGUCUCUUUCAACAGCCGUCAUUCUGUAGUUUGCUUU